AUGCACAGCUCGUCGCUGUACACGCGCUGGAACGGGAUGUGCCGCGACGACGGCAACAUCAAAUCCGUGAUGUCACCAAGCUCUGUUCCUGUUGCAGACUCCUCCAGGCAGGCGCUGGCAGCUCCUCUCCUGAACCUGCCCCCAAAGAAAAAAAAUGCAGACUAUUACGAAAAGAUCUCUGACCCCUUGGACCUUGCCACAAUUGAGAAGCAGAUCCUGACCGGUUACUACAAAACUGUGGAAGCUUUUGAUGGGGACAUGCUGAAGGUCUUCAGGAAUGCAGAGAAAUACUAUGGCAGGAAGUCCCCGACAGGGCGGGACGUGUGCCGCCUGCGCAAGGCCUACUACUACUAUGAGAGUAGAGUCAUGAGGGAGAUGGAGAGGCUGCCCCNCGCCUGCGCAAGGCCUACUACUACUAUGAGAAAAUACUACGGCAGGAAGUCCCCGACGGGGCGGGACGUGUGCCGCCUGCGCAAGGCCUACUACUACUAUGAGAAAAUACUACGGCAGGAAGUCCCUGACGGGACGUGUGCUGGCAUCACAAGGCCUGCUACAGUGCUGGCCAGAGUCAUGAGGGAGUUGGAGCGGCCACCAGCCUCCCAGAAAUACUACGGCAGGAAGUCCCCGACGGGGCGGGACGUGUGCCGCCUGCGCAAGGCCUACUACAACCUCACUCCCAGUGUGACAAACCACAUUUCCCCCUCAGUCCAUGACUGUUUUCUCCUUGUUCUGGUGCCAGGGAGGCCGAAGGGCGUGAAGGAGCAGGAUGUUUACAUCUGUGAUUACCGCCUGGAUAAAUCUGCUCACCUCUUCUACAAGAUCCACCGCAACCGCUACCCCGUGUGCACCAAGCCCUACGCCUUCGACCACUUCCCCAAGAAACUCACACCCAAGAGGGAUUUCUCUCCUCAUUAUGUGCCAGACAACUACAAGAGGAACGGAGGCAGGUCAUCCUGGAAAUCGGAUCGCUCGAAACCACAGAUGAAAGACUUAAACCAGGAGGAGGAUUCGCUGCCGCUGAUGGAGGAGGUGCUGGGGGCCCCCGAGCAGGCUCCAGGGGAGCUGCCCAGCCCCGAGGAGCCCCACAAGGAGCCCGUGGCCAGCGAGGGCUGCGAGGCCGACAAGAAAGGGGACGAGAGCCCCUCGGACACGAGGCCGCUCUGCAGCCCCGAGGAGCGGCGGCACCUCCAGAGGGAGAGGCUCAACCAGAUCCUGCUCAACCUCCUCGAGAAAAUCCCAGGGAAAAACGCCAUCGAUGUCACGUACCUGCUGGAGGAGGGCUCGGGCCGGAAGCUGCGGCGCCGCACGCUGACCAUGGCCGAGAGCAGCUUCAGGAAGUGACCCCCGAGGGGCAGCCGAGCUCUGGGCUCUGGCUGGGCUGGGCAAGGACAGAGGGCAGCAGCAGCAGCAAACGGACAAAAUACAAACAGCAGCACCUGGGGGGCCGGGCUGGCACGGUGCCCACCCUGCUCUGCAGUGCUCUUGGUGUGUGUGUUGGUGGGCGUGCCUUGUAUUGAUGUUAGGUACUGAGGAAACCUCGUGGUUAUUGUCCAGGAUGGUCAAAUUUAAUUUAUUUUUGCUUGAUAUUCCCACUCAGAGGAGAAAAAAAAANAA